AUGCGCUUUGAAUCUUUGGCCUAUAUGGGCCUGGCUGGCUCUGCAACAGCCAGCGUCAUCCUCUCGAACGAUGUUCCUCUUACUGGUCCCUCUUUUCUCGCCAACUUUGACAUUUCAAAGACAGAUUUCCUUAAUGAAGCCAAGGAAAAGUUCCCAUCUCUGGUUGAAGAACUCUUCGACACUAAGAUCUUGAACAAAACAGACCUCAUUUUCGCUGUUGAUGUCUUUUCAGCUUCGACCAAUGAUUCGCUUUACAGCUACUUCCACGUCGGCGAUACAUACAAAGAUACUCUCACAAAAGGAAACCUGACUGAGGAUACAAUCUUUAGAGCUGGCAGCGUGACAAAGGUCUUCACUGUGUAUGCUAUUAUUGCCAAGGCUGGCAUUGAGGCAUUGAGCUAUCCUGUGUCCAUUUUCCUGCCCGAGCUCUUGGGUAAUUCGUCUAGCAGCCCACUGGAGAGAAUUGACUGGAGUGAAAUCACUGUGGGGGCCCUUGCUACACAUCAGGCUGGCACCAGUGGCCCGGGACAGUACCUUACGCCGGAUACCGACGGGGCCGAUCGCGAGGGUGAGUAUGGUACUAUCGCGUAUGUGAAACUUGCUUACAAGACCAGCGUUUCUUGA